UGGAAGUUUUCUGACUCCAGAGUCCAGUCGAAGUCUGAAGAUCCCUGGAGCGUUUACGUACAUUUUCGAAAUCUUGCUCUUUUUUUUUUUUUGUUAAAACAACAAACAGUUCUACUAAGACGAUGAAAUCACGGUCUUUGUUAUUGCUUUUCCAAUUUUUCGUUUAUUCAGUGGAAGGUCAACAACUGCAGUACGUAACUUGUGGCAGUGUUUUGAAACUUUUAAAUGUAGACCAUAGUGUAAGACUACACUCACAUGAUGUAAACUAUGGUACUGGAAGUGGUCAGCAGUCUGUGACAGGGACGCUGCAACAAGACGAUAUCAAUUCUCAUUGGCUGUUAAAGGGAGAAACUAAGAAAGAUUGCCCACGAGGGAAACCAGUGAAAUGUGGUGAUGUUAUAAGACUGCAGCAUUUGGCUACAAACAAAAAUUUACAUUCGCAUCAUUUCUCAUCACCGCUUUCAGAUAAUCAAGAAGUUUCAGCGUAUGGAGUUAAUGGUGAAGGAGACUCAGGCGACCAUUGGAAUAUAAUUUGUGAUGGUGAAUUUUGGGAACCAGAAAAAGAAGUUCUUUUACGACAUGUAGAUACAGACGUAUACUUGAGUGUCAGUGGGCGCAAAUACGGUUCAAUCAUAAAUAAACAAAUGGAAGUUAUGGGUACAAAUCGAAUGACUUCCGUCCAUUGGAAAGCAUCAGAAGGGAUUUAUAUUCACAUGAAUGACUUCAACCCUAAGCACGAUGCUCACAGCCACAUGCAUACAGAACUGUAACCGUUUUCGGACAUUUCCUGUGACUUUCGAGUGUGGCCGAGGUGAAGCUUAAAUUAGAAUGUUUUAUUUGAAAAGUUACGGCAUUGUUUAUGAGAUGUGCUUAUCUAAUUUAUGUAAUGUACAAAUGUAAAUUAUAUUUAUAAUUUUAAUUUACCAAAUAUUAAUCAGAAAAAAAACAUAUUUGUGAUAUUUAGCCUUUUUUUUAUUUUCUAUGUUUGUUAUAUCAAUUUUUUCUUCUCUUUUGUGUUUUCCAUUAUAAGGAAAAUUUAGAAUUCAAAAUUACUUGAUUUCCCAAAUACCCCUGUUCUCACACGAAAAUGAGGUGUACUUGAAAACCUGAUUUUUCUUUUCAUUUUUUAAUUUAAUUUAAUUUUUUUAGUAAUACACCUUAAAAAUACAAGAAACUUUUUAAAAGUUUUAAAAGUAAUUUUGAAAAGUUAAAAGUGAAAUUAAAUACUUUCUGUGGCUGUUUAAGACUGGUUGGAUAACCAUGACGGUUACUUGAAAUUGUUUUGAACAUUAAACAUACAUCAUAUUAACAUUAAACAUCAGGUUCAAAGUUAUAUUUUUACCAUGUUAACUUUUUUCACAUUAAAAAUUAAUAAAGAAAUUUCUGAUCA